GAGGUAUCUUUAGUUCACAGUACCUAUCUACUUGCCCAUAGACUCCCGAUUCGUCUUUUCAAGCCUCCCGGCGAAUUUUCCGGCCCUGGUAUCGUGAGGUUACGUGUCCAUGCACAUAUUGCAUACCACAUCGGGGAUCCGGGUUUUGCUGACUUACUACAACGGGGAAUCUGCUGCCCUGUGGCGCAGCCCCAACCACAAGAGUGACACUGCAUACACCCAUCUUGGAUCUCGCGGAGUUGCGGGGAGCCUCACAGUCUUUUCCCCGGAGUUUGAUCCGGAUUGGGUAUUCCGCCUAAUGUCGUCAGUACACCGCGUAUACUGGCCACACGGUUCAUGCAAUGCAGUUGGACCUCACAGUCUGUGGUCAGCUUCGGCCGAGCGGUGUCCACUUCAUCUGAUCGCCUGAAUAGUGUCUUCAAUGUCCCUAAACGGAAAUUAGAGCACGACUGAAGGGAACGUCCUAACUCAAUCUUUGCGCAUCUUGACUUCUGCAUCACAAUGUGCUGCAUUUUUCUAACGCACAAGGGGCAGGUGGCCUAACCGGCGACAAUCUAUGGCAGCUGCAAUGUUAACCCCUUAUGUCUCUACACGUUUGGCAUCAGGACGGUUUCACAGAAGGAUAUAAACCCCGUUCCCUUUCUAUCAAGAUCAUCAUAUCAUCAGUUCGCACAACUUUCACAGUACAUUUCAUCAGCACACUUACGAGUUUUGAAUCACCUCGACACAUCAUACUUUAGUCAAGAUGUUGGGCAGUAUUCUUCCAUUCAACGAGGAGACGGCGGAUCGCGUCAGCGCCUACUGUGAGAAGAACUCUCAUGGCAUCCCUGACGCCCUGGUUGAGCACUGGGAGUGGACUCGCACUCGCUUCCCCGAUGCCGACAAGAUGUCUAGUCGUCUUCAGGGCUCCUGGAUGAUCUUCACUGCUCGUGACCGCAAGCCCAAGAGAAUCCUCGAGAUUGGUUGCUACUCUGGCUACAGUGCCUUGGCCUGGUACGAAGGUACCCGUGACACCAAGGCCGAGAUUGUCACGCUUGAAUACAGCCCCAAAAUGAUUGCCGCCUCUCGCGAGGCCUUCAAGAAGUACGGGGUCGGUGACCGCGUGAAGCUGAUUGAGGGUCCCGCCGAGAACACUCUCAAGACCCUGGAGGGCGAGUUUGACCUUAUUUUUGUCGAUGCCAACAAGGACGGCUAUGCUGGAUAUGUCAAGACGAUCCUGGAUCAGGGUCUGCUCUCUGCCAACGGCAUCAUUCUCUGCGACAACGUCUUUGCCCGUGGCCUCACCAUCGGCCCCGACUGCGCACCUUGGCUCAACGACCACGUCCGCCCUUACUGGAAUGGCUGCGGACAGGCAUUGGACAAGUUCAGCACCGGUCUCAUGGAGGACCCCCGCAUCGAUGUCUUGCUUCUCCCCGUCUUUGAUGGUGUUACUCAGAUUCGGUGGAAGGACGGGGCUCAGCGGGCUUGAUGCCGCCACCUAUUGGGGCCAUAAAACAUCACGGUUGCUCGGUUCAUGUUGAUUAGUUUGCUCUUGACACAAUACAUACAACAUCCCCCAUCGUACCUCUUGAUCCUUUGAUGAUUAUUGCCUUCAAGUUGUGAUGUGUCCCAGGUAUCAUUUUUUUGCCACGACGUGCCAUGUGCCGAACGAUA